UAGCUCAAUGUGGAAUAAGCUACAAAAGACUGGCACGCAACAACGCAACUCCCAACAGGUAAUUCCGGAGGUACUUACUCGCCUUGAUCACGAGUCGGUUAGUACAUAUCUUAGAUGUUUAAAAGACGGUAAGGAAAGAAGCAAUGUGAUUCGCCUUGUUAUUGUUGGACGAAAAAAUACAGGAAAGACAAGCCUUACAAAACGACUUUUAAAGGAAUCAGUUGAAAAUGUGCUGAAAACAAAUGGAAUAGAAAUACAUACACUGAAGUGCAGAGGCAAAGUAGAUGAAGGGGACUGGAUUUUCCAUGAUGAUCGUACGUAUGAAAAUGAAAUAUAUUCAAGGCUUUUGAAAUGCUGUAUUGCGAAAAGUAAAGAUAAUCUUGCGCACGAUUCAAACGUGUCAAAAGGUUACGUUUCGUCGGAAAGACCAGACGAGAGUGAGUCAGAAAAGGCUGACAACGAAUUUAAUGCGUGCAACCUUGAGGAAGCAGAUGUGAAUCCGACAACAUUUUAUCAAGCACAAGAAGUUCCAGUACCAGAUUUUUACGAUCUUUAUGACAUCGUGUAUGCUGAUAUUGACGUUGAAGAUACUGCACCAAUCGCAAUAUGGGAUUUUGCAGGGGACCGAGAACACUUCAAUACACAUCAAACCUUUUUUGGCCAGGAAUCGAUAUAUGUGGUUGUAACAAAUGUGAUGGACACUAUUAAAAAUGACGACCUAGAAUACGGUCUGGCAUUUUGGCUUGAAACCAUUCAUUGCCAUUGCAAGUUACCCGUCGACGUGGAAUACCACAAUGAAUAUCAGGAACCACCCGUUAUUAUUGUAGGAACACACAAAGAUCAGUUUACAGGAAACAACAUUGACUGCAAGACAAAAUUUCAGCGCCAAGUACAUGAGAUAGUAAGGAAUUCCCAGAUACGAAGAAAUAUACGAAAAAUGUAUGUGAUAUCUAAUACAGAUGAUACGGAUGAUGAAUUCGAUAUUUUACGAAGAGACAUAGUUGAAAUUGCAAAAAGCCGAAAUCAGUGGAAUAUAACAACUCCCGCUAGAUGGAUCCAACUUGAAAAAGCCCUUGCUGGUGAAAAUUUAUACGGAAAACCUGUAGUUGCUAAACCAGACAUUGCAGAAAUUGCAAAACACAUUAUACAACCUAUCACAGACGAAGAAGAAUUAGAGCAGUUUCUCACGUAUCAUAAUGGUAUCGGAACAUAUGUUUACUUUUCGGACCUACCCAAAUACGUCGUCUUAGAUCCACAAUGGUUGGCAAGUGCAUUUGGAUGCAUUAUAACAGCCAAUCAAUUCCAGAUAAAUUUGGUACACCAAACAGAGUGGGAAGAGCUAAGACAGCAUGGACGUCUGAGCGAGAAACUUUUAAAUGAAAUUUUCCUUCAACAGGAGGUUAACAUAAAGAAAUACAGAAUACACUUACUGAAAAUCAUGGAAAAAUUUAACAUUAUUGUUCGGCCAAGAACAAUGUCAGACACAUGUGAAAUUAAUGAAGAAAUAGACUACUAUGUGCCAUGUAUGAUCAAAAGCACUUCACUGAGCAACAUCAACAACAUAUUUUAUUCCUGCAAUUCAAAGUCAUCAUGCCUUUGUGUUGAAUUUGUUUUUCUUCCACCCGCAUUUGCCACUCAAAUACUAGUAGCCUGUACUCGAUAUUACACCGUUGCUAAAGGUCCACAGACAACUGAUGGAAGACAUCCUGCUUUCUUUAGAGAUUUUGCAAUUUACAAUUUAGAUGCUACUGGUUGCGAAAAGAUCCUCAUUGCUAAUUAUCGGAAUGUUUUGCAGAUGCAAAUAUGGAAAUGGGGAGAACCAGAGAGGCGCUCGUAUCACGAUGUCAAGGCAAAGUUGAUAGGAAUCAUAGAAGAGAUGAAGGAGGUUCGAGCUCUGCCUAGUUUAUCGUUUGAACUAAAACUUAAAUGCAAAUUUACAGACUACGAAUGCCUUGAUGGAAUGGUUGAACUGAAGGUCAUAAAACCACAGAAAGAAUAUUUUUGUGAAGAACAUGGAAAUACCCACAGUUCAGAGGAAAUCUUCUUUGAUUGGUUAGGAGAAAUUGAGCAGAAAAUCUUCAGCCGUGAGCAAAUAAAUGCAACAAGAAUGGCCAUCAUCAUUUUAGAAAUUCUGACCAAUGCAUUAUUUGACCUGUCAAUCGCCAAUAGGGGUGGCUUUCUCGUUAAACAAAGAGACGAGUGUGAUAUAACUUAUCUCUAUGCACAGCUACGAAAACAAAACAAGCAUAUUCCGAGCCAUGGAUGGGGAGGAAGGUGGUCUGAUAUUAAGAAUUUCGACAUUCUGAUUGGUGACGAUAUUGAACGCAUCAGGUUGUCCAGAAAUGAUAUGGCUCACUCAAAGAAGUUCUCGUUGGAUGACAACAAAUACUAUGAACUAUGUGGUAUUUUAGAGAGAGUCCUCCAUCGUUUAGAAACCUAUAACGGGAAAGGAAAGCUCUACACAGACCAAAUGAAAAAUGUGAAAAAGAAAGAGACAAAAUUACAAGACUGGAAAACUUAUCAAAAGAAAAUAACUUACGAAUUUCCAAGACUGAAAAUGAAGCCUUCGUUCGAAGUGAAAAUCGGUGGCGGAUGCACACUCGAAUGUGAAAAAGUAGUACCGUUGCCCGAUGGUUCGACGGUAUAUUGGGUUAAGGAGAAAAACUCUAAAGAAGUAGAGCUGACAGUGGAUGAGACCACAUCAACUAAAUAUAAAGGAUCGCAAUUCGAUUACCCAUCACUUAAUAUACUUCGCGCAACAAAGGAAGAUGAAGGACACUAUUCCUGUAGAAUACGGUAUCCAGAGGAGAGCGCUGAAAGCAUGGACGAAAAUAUCACAUGGCCAAAGACAUUUUUACAUGUGAAUAAUUAAAUAUUGUAGAGAAAGGUAACAUAUUCAGCGGAUGUAAUCGGAUGUCACAUACACACGCUUUAUCAAGGUUUAAAGAACGAAGAACGAUCAAAUCAGAAUUUGUACUUUGAAUUUCAGCCUAAUGUAUAAUGCUUUUACAUUUUGUAUUACUAACAUGUAUAUAUGUGAUUUUUUAUUGUUUGAAAUUAUUAUUAACAAGAUUUCAUUAACGCUGUAGAAUGUUUGGGAAUAUUCAAAGUCUAAAUUAAAAUUAGCAAAUACUGAAGACUCCCGCAUUGGGUUAUUAAUGAAGAAGAACUAUAUGUAAUUUAAAAUCAAACUAUUGAUGUCAAAUGAUCAUGUAUGAUAUAAUUUUAAUUGUAUAUCCCAGAUUUAUAACUCAUCAAGAAACACACUAGUGUCUAACUCGUUAGAAAUCAUAUCAGUUAGGUUUGAUUGCAUCGAAAAAUAUUAUAUUUUUAUUAUCUCCCAUCCGUAUAAUAGUAUAUCCAAUCAUUGUGUAAUAUAUACUUUAACCUUUAUCCAGUUUAAAACAAAAAUGUAGUUCAAAAAAACAAAAAGACAACACUACACUUACGGACCUGCAUCCUGACAAUACUUACAUUUUGACUUUGUACAAUAUUUUUUUAAGAGAUUCUUUAUGACGUCUG